AUGGCGUUCUUUUGGCAGCUGAUCUCUUUGGUGGGAUCCCUCUGUACUCUUGCCUUUUUCUACGACAACUUCAAGUCCUUGAUUAGUAUAAUUAAGGCAGUCCUUCUACCACAUUUCCACCCAAAAUUGCCAAAAACUUUAAUAGAAAAGUACGGUAAAUGGGCAGUGGUAACGGGAUCCACCGAUGGCAUUGGCAAGGAGUAUGCCCGAGAGCUGGCUCGUCAAGGACUUAACCUGGUGCUCAUCUCACGGACGAAGGAGAAGCUCAUCGCUGUCACCAACGAGAUAGAGAGCCAAUACAAAGUGCAGAUCAAGUGGAUUGUUGCUGAUUUUGUCAAAGGACGUGAAGUAUAUGAACAUAUUGAAAAGGAAUUGGAGGGCAUUGAAGUUGGAAUUCUAGUCAAUAAUGUGGGCAUGAUAUACGAACAUCCGGAUACUAUUGACCAAGUGCCGGAGGACGUGCUGUGGAAUCUGCUGAUCGUCAACAUGGGAUCCGUCACCAUGCUCACCCGCAAGAUCCUGCCCCAGAUGAUUGCUCGUCGCAAUGGAAUCAUUGUCAACGUAGGAUCCACCUCAGAGCUGCAGCCACAUCCCAAUCUCACUGUCUAUGCGGCCAGCAAGGUGUUUGUGUCCUAUUUCAGCAAGGGAUUAGAGCAGGAGGUGGCCAAGCACAACAUCAAUGUCCAACUGGUAAUGCCCGGCUUCGUCGGCACCAACAUGAACGCCUAUUCGGAUAAGGUGAUGCAAGGUGGUCUGCUAUUCCCCAAUGCUUGCACCUACGCCAGGUCUGCCGUUUUUACACUGGGAAAAACGAACGAGACCAACGGCUUCUGGGUGCAUAGUGUACAGACUUUUUUCCUGAAGAUGAUUCCUCAACAAUUGCGCACGCUCUUGGUCCACCGACUUUUCGAUCGCUUGAGGCUCGAGGGCAUUGAGUACAAGCAAAAGAAGCUUGAGGCUAAGAGUACCUAA